AAAGAUCUGAAUCCCAUGAUUGAAAAAGCCAAUAAAGAAAAAGCGAAAAAGACCCCAUUUCAAACCCAAACUCUUCAUACUUCUUUCAUGAUCCCAUCGUAACUCAAAUCUCUCUCCCUAAACCCACCACCAUGAACGGCGCCGGAGGUGCCGGCGACCAGCCUUUCCCGCCUCACUUCUCUCCUCAACCACCCAUUUCCAACGAAGGCGGCGAAUUUCUCCUCCGUCUUGUCCAAAACCGCCAACAACAGCAGCAGCAACAACAACAACCGUCUUACCUCCCUCACAACCUUUUCUCACCUUCACCACCUUCUCAAAAUUUCUCUCUUGAUCCCGCCGUCGCCGCCAUCGGACCCUCCGUCCCUGGAAACUUUCCCUACAACCACAACAAUUACCACCACCAGCAUGACCAGUCUCGCUCUCCUUUCCCUCUCUCUCAUCAAACUCAAAACCCCAAUUACUCCUAUCAAGGGUUUCAACGACCUAAUACUCAUACGCCAUCGAUUUUCUCCGCCCCACAUCAGCAUUUCGAUCUCCUCCGCCGUCAGCAACCACCGCAGCAGCAGCAUUCCGGUACUGGGUACUUCGGUAAUUUCCCCAAUACUAGUAAUUCUGCUGAAGAUGGGAGUUUAAGAUUGAAGAAAUUGGAGUUGGAAUUGAAUUUGUUGAAGGAACGUGAACUAGGUUCAGGUUUAGGGACUAGGGGGGUUAAUGGGUUUGAUUCAAAUCGAAGAAUUGACCCUAAUGUGAAUUGGGGUUAUGGUUCGCCCGAGCAAAGACGGUCCGGUCCUCCACCGGGGUUUUCGAGCACGCCCGGCAACCAAAGGCGGGAUUUUGGCAGUUUGAGCAAUGGGCGUGGGGAAAUUAGUAGUUCCUCUGGUGAAUUGAAGAGGAGUAAUCAUAGGGGCUUUGGUUCUAAUAGUAAGAGUUAUGAGAAUGAAAGACGAUUAUCGAGUAGAGAUAGUGGAAAUGGGCUUAGUGGACAGCUUGAGCACCCUGGUUUGCCUACUGGGAGUAGCCUUCAUUCUGUUUUGGCUUCAGAUAUCGAGUUUUCUUUGCUGAAUGAUCAUGAUGAAGGGGUGGAUAAUGGGGCUUAUCAAGAUGAAGUUGAUGAUGUGAGUGAACAACUAGCUGAAUCAGUUCUUGAAGAGGAUCAAGCUGAUACUAGUGCUACGACGAAAAACAGCCGUGAUAAGGACUUCAGAAAAGAUGCUAGAGGGAAAUGGAUCCUUUCGCAAAGGAUAAGGAACACCAGAAGGACGAUUGAAUGUAGGAAAGACAUAGACCGGUUGGAUGCCCCUUUUCUUGCAAUUUACGAGUCUCUAAUACCAGCAGAAGAGGAGAAGGCAAAGCAAAAGCAGUUGUUGACAUUGUUGGAGAAGCUUGUUUGCAAGCACUGGCCUAAAGCUAAGCUUUAUCUGUAUGGAUCAUGUGGCAACUCUUUUGGAGUCUUGAAGAGUGACAUUGAUGUCUGCCUUGCCAUUGAUGAUCCAUAUCUCAACAAGGUUGUAAUGUUGGUGAAACUGGCUGAGAUUCUAAAGUCAUCAAAUCUCCAAGAUGUGCAGGCACUGACACGUGCACGGGUUCCCAUAGUGAAGCUUAUGGAUCCAGUGACAGGAAUAUCAUGUGACAUUUGCGUAAACAAUGUUUUGGCCGUUGUAAAUACAAAGCUACUUCGAGAUUAUGCAGAAAUUGAUGGGAGACUAAGGCAGUUGGCAUUUCUUGUAAAACACUGGGCGAAGUCCAGAGGAGUCAAUGAAACUUACCAGGGAACUCUAUCUAGUUAUGCGUAUGUGCUGAUGUGCAUUCAUUUUUUACAGCUGCGUAAUCCUCCCAUCCUUCCCUGCUUACAGAGAAUGAAAGCAACAUACGCAGUGACUGUUGAUAAUAUCGAAUGUGCUUUCUUUGAUGAAGUUGAAAAACUGCGAGAUUUUGGAGCCAGAAAUAACGAAAAUAUCUCCAAGUUAUUGUGGGGGUUCUUUCAUUAUUGGGCAUAUUGUCAUGAUUAUCCAAAUCAUGUCAUAUCCGUUCGCCAUGGCUAUAUCCUCAGGAAACAAGAGAAAGAUUGGACAAGAAGAGUGGGAAAUGAUCGUCAUCUAAUAUGCAUAGAAGACCCGUUUGAGACAUCCCAUGAUCUAGGACGAGUAGUAGACAAACGCAGCAUAAAAGUCCUACGGGAGGAAUUUGAACGAGCUGCAGAGAUCUUGCAGAACGAUCCUAAUCCUUGUGUAACGCUUUUUGAGCCUUAUAUCCCUGGUUGAGUGAGUCCCCUUCUCUCUGUCCGUUCUGCAUGUGUUGUUGUUGCUUGUAAGUACUAAUUAGGGUUUGUAUAGCGGCAUUGCUUUUGAAUUUGGCUAAUGCCCGGUAAUUUAGGGCAUAUCUCAUAGGCCCUCCUAAAGGUGUAGUAGUCAUAUUCUGUAAACCUGUGGUUUCUUCACAAUCUAAUCUGAAGCUUGCCCUUGUUCAGUCUUCUUUGAAUCUCGUUUUCUUAUAUAAGGAAGCUGUGAUUUCUAGUUUUUA